AUGGCGAAUAUAAGUUUAUUUAUUGUAAUAUUAUGUAUUUUGGGUUAUUGCUCGGCAUUUCCGCAUGCUGGACGUGGUUUUGGCGGAGGAGGUAGUUAUGGUUAUGAAAAUUAUAACUACGGAUAUUCCGGAUGGAGAGGUGGUCCCGGACGUGGGUAUGGCGGAUAUAAACAUUUCAAAGGUCCUGGCUGGCGUGGAAAUUAUGGAGGUUAUGGUCGCGGUGGCUAUGGUGGUUAUGGCGGAUACGGCCCAGGUGGUUAUGGAGGUUAUGGCCCUCUGGGAGGCGGUAGCGUUGCAUCUGCAAGUGCUUCCGCGUCAUCCGGAGGCGGUGGUCCUUUUGGAGGCGGAAGCAAUGCCCAAGCCAACGCAGAAACAGCUUCGUUUAAUUUAGGACCACUUUCGGCUACGUUUUCGAAAAGUAACGCAAAUGCCAACGCCUUAGGUUAA